CACGGUCCCUACUCGCAACCCCAACGAACUUGAACGAACGCAGAAAAAUCAAUACACCGUGAUGUAUUCGUCUUUUUAAAAUGAGAACGUGACAAAAUAUUAAUUUAAUUCAUCGAAGUAACCAUUUUUAUUUUAAAAAAAUAUCUGUUGAGAUUUGAUGCUCAUUUUUUAUUUAUUUACAUAGUGAUGGAUAUUGUCAUAGUUACGGCGUGGUAGAACAUUCUGCGCGUCUGAUUAUCUGCUUUUUCUGCAAAUUAUAAUUGUUAAAAGAUACUUGUUGAGUAAGGUCAAGGAUUAUACAUUAUACACCAAAAUAAUUAUAAGUUAAAAUGGAAGAAAUGAAUGGGGAGCUUUAUGGGGAUGGUCUAGUUAGUCUGGGUGAUGAGGGUUCUCUGGAGUCAACCGAUAGUGGGAAACAAGAGCAAAAUUGUAAUAUUUGCGACAAUAAGCUGUGCAGUCCUCGAGUAUUGUCAUGCCUUCAUGUAUUCUGUGAGGCUUGCAUUGACAAGUUGAUGGUUAAUGAAGCUGGAGAUACUUUGAAAUUUGAUCUGGCUGUGGAAUGUCCCCUUUGCAAACAGGAAACCAAGAUACCUGGUGGUGGAGCUGUAUCACUUCCAUCUGAUUAUCUUAUCACCAAUAUCUUAGAUGUGUCCUCUAUGGAUCAAUCUGUUGUAUGUACUUGCUGCAAGAGUAAGGAACCUGCUGUUGCUAGAUGCACUGAUUGUUCUCAUUUCCUAUGUUCCAACUGUAACUCUGCCCAUGAGUUUAUGAGGUGUUUUGAGAACCACCGAGUGGUACCAUUUGAUGCUCUAAGAUCUUCUAAGGAAAAGGCGGCUGUACAUAAGCCAAUUUUUUGCAAUCGCCAUGUUGGAGAAAGCCUGAAAUUUUAUUGCUGCGAGUGUGAAGUUGGCGCGUGCACUGAAUGCCUCACUGUUGAACACAAAGUUGGCGAGCACCGUUGUGAGAGGAUUGUAGACGCUGAACCUAACUUACGCGCUGAACUCCGCAAUUUUAUUGUGGAAGCCAAUGCUCGUGCUGUUACUGCCGGCAGCGCGUCGGCUAGACUUGAUGACGCACUUGGAGACUUGCAGCGUCAGCGUGAUGAUGCUGAAACUGUUAUCAAUGAUGCAUUCCAAGCUUACAAAUCCGCUUUAGAGAGACGUCGUGAAAAGGCACUUGAAGAACUGGAACGUUUGCAUAAGGAACGAGAGCUUAAAGUUAUGGAUUUAUUCGAUCGGGUCGAUAAAACAGUUCAGCGCAUUGACUGUGCUUGUAAGUUUGCUGCGAGACUCCUUCGUCGCGGAGAUGGUACCGAAAUUGUAAUGUUGAAAAAGACCGUUGCUUCGCAAUUUGCACGCUUGUUGGAAGGUGCACCAGAAUUCGAUGUCGAUUAUUCCCUGGAAUUCGUCACUAAGAUGGAUAAAUUCGAUUCUAUUACUGAGGAAACAUUUGGCGUUUUUCGAACUGAGGCUACUAAAGCUGAAGAAAGAAAACGCGCUAGUGAAUCUUCGGCGAUAGUUUCCGUCGCAUCCAAUGCUCACUCUCCUGCUGUGUCUGUAACAAAUGCCCCAGUUUUCGAUGAUUUUCCAUUGGGGAAUGUCCGCCGCGUUACUGGCGUGACUGGUGUCGGACCUAUAGUGGGAGUGCCCGGAGUACCUGCUAUCGGAGUUCCAGUUGUCGGUGCGGUACCCGGUGUCGGACCAGUAGCCAAUCCCAGCGUGAUUCCGGGAGUGGUUAAUGUGAACAGUGCUCCUGGUGUGGGCGCUGUGACGGGCGUAGGCGGUGUUCCCGCCCUGCCUUCCAUGGUGGAAUAUAACCUCCAGCAACUUGCUAGCAUUGCUGAGAAAGAUGUGCCCCCGACGCAGCACGCCUCGCCGGCUCCUUCUUUCACUCUUGCUGAACUCUUGGCCGGAGAUCUUAACUCUCCUCAAGCAUACAACAACUUGCAAGCACUUGCUAAACUAGGAUUGAAUACCGAAGUAAAUGGAUUUGGAGGAGUGGGAGGAGUCGGCGGCAUUGGGGGCGUGGGCCCACGGGGCGUAUCGCCAGGAAGACCUUUGUUGACGGCAGCAGAAGAAGCUGCUCUGGUGGCACCCCCUGCGCCUCUUGUCCGUGCUACCAAAGCAACACCCAUGCAUAUAAGGUUCAAGUUCGGUCAACUUGGAGGCGGAAAGGGUCAAUUCAACUCACCUCAUGGAUUCUGCCUUGGAAAUGAUGAGGAUAUCAUUGUUGCUGAUACUAAUAACCACCGAAUUACCGUAUUCGACAAGUCUGGAAAUUACAAGUUCCAUUUUGGAGUGGCCGGUAAAGAAGAAGGCCAACUGUGGUACCCCCGUAAAGUGGCAGUUGUACGCGCCACCGGCAAGUUCGUUGUCUGCGAUCGCGGCAACGAAAGGUCGCGCAUGCAGAUCUUUACCAAGAAUGGACACUUUUUGAAGAAAAUCGCUGUGCGAUUCAUCGAUAUAGUCGCUGGGCUGGCGGUGACUGCCGAAGGUCUUAUUGUCGCCGUGGACAGCGUGACGCCGACCGUGUUUAUUCUGUCUGAGGAGGGCGACCUCAUGAGCUGGUUUGACUGCAGCGAGUGCAUGAGGGAGCCGUCUGAUAUCGCGAUCAGUGGAAAAGAAUUCUACGUGUGUGAUUUCAAGGGGCACUGCGUGGUUGUGUUCGAUGAUGAAGGCAGAUUCCUUCGUCGCAUCGGUUGCGAGAACGUGACAAACUUCCCUAACGGCAUCGACGUUUCGGACGCUGGCGACGUGUUGAUUGGGGAUUCCCAUGGGAAUAAGUUCCAUGUCGCCGUGUUCUCCCGUGACGGGGUCUUGGUCACUGAAUUCGAGUGUCCCUAUGUCAAGGUUUCCCGCUGCUGCGGUUUGAAGAUAACAUCUGAAGGCUAUAUCGUCACUCUGGCUAAGAAUAAUCAUCAUGUUCUAGUCCUCAACACCCUUUACAUUGUCUGAGGAGUAACUCGAUGGCUGUAAGUCUGCAUACUACAAGAUCUCACAUUUAUUCCCUAUAUUUUAUAUUUAAUUGCUGUUUUUACAACGCUUAACUUUUUUGCUAAACCAGUAUUUGACUUUUUUCUUUAUUUUAUGUUAAAUUUCAAUGUUAGUCUUGAGUUUUAACUGUCCAUGCGCAGUGAAUCUCAGUAAACCCAACAAUCAUCUGCUUCACCAUUGUUUUCCCGGUUUCGUGGCAUUUUAGAAGCAAGUCACUGCUUAUGGAUGGUCUUGAAGUCAUUGUUUCCAAAGUACUGAAUAAUUUUGUAUUUGUUUUGGUUAUAUUCAUCUUUUUUUUUUCAUUUUAUGUGGUUGCAUUUAGUUAUUAGUUAUGAAAAAAUCCAAAGUUUAGUGUUAAUUAAUAUUCAUCUCUUGUAUUUGUAGUAAUAUCUAUGUAUGUUCAGACUAUAAUUGCAUAAAGAAAUUUUGAACAAUUUGGUUAUGGGUGAUUAGUUUUCGGUCCUUAAUUAAUGGCACAGUAUUUGUAAAUUCGGAAAUUAAACGUUUUUUGGUAAGUGUGCCAUUCACUGAGAAAUGUAUGUACUUAGAAAGUACAUUUACACAUUAUAUAAUGGGUUUUAAUAUUUCAUGGCUAGAUUAUACCUAACUUGGUGGUACCUUUGUUGCGAAUGUUU